AAUGCAUGUAUGUAUGUGUUAAAUUUCAGCGAAGCAAUCUGUUUUAAUCUUCUAACUGCAGAAAAAGACAAAGGCUUUUCAAAGGAAAACAAGAGUAGGGAAAAUGAUGGCGCCACCGGCAGGUAUACGCUGGUGCGCAGUCGUAUUGACGCUCGUUGUAUCUCUCUACAUCUCACCGUCUAUAGCCAUUUACUGCGACGAAGACGAUUGCUACGAUCUCCUAGGGGUUUCUCAAUCUGCUAAUGCCUCGGAGAUCAAGAAAGCUUAUUACAAGCUCUCCUUGAAAUAUCAUCCGGAUAAGAAUCCUGAUCCGGAAUCUAGAAAGAUUUUUGUGAAAAUUGCCAACGCGUAUGAGAUUUUGAAGGAUGAAGCUACAAGGGAGCAGUAUGAUUAUGCAAUUGCACAUCCAGAGGAGGUGUUCUACAAUACUGCUCGUUACUACCGUGCAUAUUAUGGUCAUAAAACGGAUACGCGUGCUGUCCUGGUCGGUGUUCUUCUAGUUCUUUCAGUGUUUCAAUAUUUCAAUCGGUUGACCAGGUAUAAUCAGGCUGUCGAUAUGGUUAAGAAGACACCUGCUUACAAAAACAGACUGAGGGCAUUGGAACUUGAACGCAGUGGAGGGACCACUAAUAAGAAGAAGAGUAACAGGCAAAUGGACAAGAAAAAGGAGGAAGAUCUCAGCAAAGAGCUUGAGCUGGACAUUAAGGGAACUGAAAAGCCAUGCAUCUGGGAAUUAAUUGGUGUCCGUUUCAUUCUCCUCCCCUACACUAUUGGCAAGCUAUUGUUGUGGUAUGGCUGUUGGUUAUGGAGAUACAAGGUGAAGAAAGCUCCAUAUUCUUGGGAAGAUGCAGCUUACUUGACAAGAAACUCCCUCAGAGUUCCUCUUGAUGCUUGGCUAAACAUCGAUGAAUCAACCCAGGAAGAUCUUAUUCAGAGACGGUUAUGGAUAAAGUCCAACUUAGAUAGCUAUCUAGCAGAAAUGCGGAAAGAGCACAAACGCAGAAGAUAGGGAGAUUUAUCGCAUUACUUGCUCGAGAUUGUAUGCGGAAACUUAAACAUUCAAUAAAAAUAACCAUGUUUUUCUUGUUUGAUGAUUUUGGUUUUAUUUAUACUUGAAGGAAAGAGGAGAUGUCGCUGAUUACCAAAUUUUGAUACCCAAGCAUCCGAAUCUAAUUCUUGUAGUAGAGUGCCAAAGCUUUAUCUUUUUAUAUUUCUAAAUAUAAAGUUUAGCUU